CUCCUUCUCUCUCUCUCUCUCUCUCUCUGCCAGGCUUUGCAAAUAUGGUAAAAUCAAAGAAGUUCAGAGGUGUCAGGCAACGCCAAUGGGGCUCAUGGGUAGCUGAGAUUCGUCAUCCAUUACUGAAAAGAAGGGUGUGGCUUGGGACGUUUGAAACUGCAGAAGAAGCAGCGCGAGCCUAUGAUGAGGCAGCCAUUUUGAUGAGUGGCUGUAAUGCCAAAACAAACUUCCCAGUGGUCACAAAUCAAAUAGGCAACGACAACAACUCUAAUACAUCUUCAUCCAAUAAUGCACUCUCUAAAGUCCUUAGUGCAAAGGUUCGCAAAUGUUGCAAAUUCCCAUCACCGUCUCUCACUUGCCUCAGGCUUGACACAGAGAAUUCCCAUAUUGGGGUUUGGCAAAAACGUGCAGGUACUUCUUCUGAUUCCAAUUGGGUGAUGAUGGUUGAACUAGGAGAGAAAAGUGGACAAGUUGUGCCUGAGAAAAACUUGCCUGCAGUAUCAAACACAGCCAAAAUAGAGGCUCGACAGCCUGAAGGUGGAGAUGGGAUAAAUGAGGAGGAGAGGGUUGCAUUGCAGAUGAUUGAGGAGCUCCUGAAUAGAAAUUAAAGAUACCAAGUACUUUCAACUUCACAUGGGGCUAGCUGAGCAAAGCAUGGGGGCUUCCAUGUGCUCAGCUCUUGUCAUUACUUUGUGUUUGUUUGUUUGUUUAAAAUAGAGGUUUGUUAUUUGAGAUCAUAAGGAGGAGGUUAUAAGCCUUACCCUCGAUAUGUUUAUUUAUACCUCCACAGAUAUUUAAGUUAUCUGUCUUUCUAGGAACUAGAAAGUGUUUAGUUACUAUAGAAAUUUACUAGUGGUAUUUUAUGUAGCAACAAAUUUUACU